CUCUCGUGACGUCAUACGCCGCGUUGGCUCGCGCUGGAGAAACUUUUGGACCCCCCCCUUUUCCCCUGGCAAGAGCAAGGAGCUAGGGAAGAAACUUACACCGUUUGGGUGAAUGCAUACCUCUGUAAGGAGCAGCUCCUUCAGCAAAGGGGGAAUAAGACAGACGAUUAUAUGGAAACCGAGAACAGUUUAACCUUUUAAACUCGGUCGCUAUCUGGCUGGAACAAGCUCGGUAUCUCGAUUGCAAUCCCCCCUCCUCCUCCUCGUUUGGUCGUGGGACAGAGAAGCGGAGCAGGGCGAAAUGGCGGAAACCAAAAUAAUCUACCAUAUAGACGAAGAGGAGACGCCGUACUUGGUGAAAAUCCCCGUCGCGGCAGAGGAAAUCACGCUGCUGGAUUUCAAGCAGGUCCUGAACAAGCCCAGCUACAAAUUCUUCUUCAAAUCCAUGGACCAGGAUUUCGGGGUUGUGAAAGAGGAGAUCUCUGACGACAGCGCCAAACUGCCGUGUUUCAAUGGACGGGUGGUGUCAUGGCUGGUCUCCUCCGAAGGCCCUCUUGUGGAGGCGGGUGCCCCCCCAGCAGAGGUGCGACCUGAGCCAUCGCCCCCGCCGCCGCCUCUGCCCCCCCCACCUGCAGAGAGGACCGGGGGCAUUGGGGAUUCCCGCCCCCCCUCCUUCCACCCUAAUGCCACGGACAGCAUGGAGAACCUGGAUGAGCGUACAGAGACGGAGUCGGUGGUGUCGUUCCGGAGGGAGCGGCCGCGGCGGCGGGAGAGCGAGGAGCAGCACGGGCAGCGCGUGAACGGGCAGAGCCGCCUAGAGCGCCACCUAGCGGGCUAUGAGAGUUCCAGCACGCUAAUGAGCAGCGAACUAGACACCACUAGCUUCUGCGAUUCUGAGGAGGACGAUGCCAUGAGCAGGUUUAGCAGUGCUACAGAGCAGAGCACGGCAUCCCGCCUGCUGAAGAGGCAUCGCAGGCGGAAGAAACAGCGCCCCUCAAGGCUGGAGCGGGCGUCAUCCUUCAGUAGUGUCACGGACUCCACCAUGUCCCUCAACAUCAUCACAGUGACACUGAACAUGGAGAAGUACAACUUCCUGGGCAUCAGCAUUGUGGGCCAGAGCAAUGAGAGGGGCGACGGGGGCAUCUACAUCGGCUCCAUCAUGAAGGGCGGGGCAGUGGGGGCGGAUGGCCGCAUCGACCCGGGGGACAUGCUGCUGCAGGUCAACGACAUCAACUUCGAAAACAUGAGCAACGACGACGCGGUCAGGGUGCUGCGGGAGAUCGUCCACAAGCCGGGGCCCAUCAUCCUCACAGUGGCCAAGUGUUGGGACCCCACACCUCAAGGCUACUUCACACUCCCACGCAAUGAGCCAAUCCGGCCUAUUGACCCCGCGGUGUGGGUGAGCCACUCGGUGGCCCUGACUGGGGUGUACCAGCCGUAUCCUGGCAGCUCCUCACUCAGCACCAUCACCUCCAGUUCCUCUGUGGCGGAGACCGAGCGUUUUGAUGAGUUCAGCCUGUCUCUGCACUCAGACAUGGCGUCUGUGGCCAAGGCUAUGGCAUCCCCAGAGUCGGGCUUGGAGGUCCGAGACCGCAUGUGGCUAAAGAUCACCAUCCCUAAUGCCUUCCUGGGCUCAGAUGUGGUAGACUGGCUGUACCACCACAUCGAGGGCUUCCAGGACCGGCGUGAGGCACGCAAGUACGCCAGCAACCUGCUGAAGGCCGGAUUCAUCAGGCACACCGUCAACAAGAUUACCUUCUCUGAACAGUGCUACUACAUCUUUGGGGACUUCAGCGACUGCGAGAACUACAUGGCAAACCUCUCCCUGAACGACAACGAUGGCUCCAGUGGGGCAUCUGACCAGGACACACUGGCCCCCCUGCCCCUCCCGGGGGCCACACCGUGGCCCCUGCUUCACUCCUUCCCCUACCAGUACCCCCACCCCUACUCCAGCCAGCCGCCGCCCUACCACGAGCUCUCCAGCUACAGCUACGCCCCUGGAAGCACUGGCAGCCAGCACAGCGAAGGGAGUCGAAGCAGCGGCUCAACGCGCAGCGAGGGCGAGAGGCGUCUGGGAGGCAAGAGUGCAGGGGGCAGCACCCCGGGCAGCGUACGGGAGGAUAAGUCACCAGUUGGGGGCGGGGCCGACUCAUGCUCGGGCAGCGGCAGCGAAUCUGAGUACUCCACCCGCAGCAGCCUGAGGCGUGACCACGGCUUGGCCACGCCCAGUGAGCACAGCCACACCAGCCAGCGGUCACACUCCCGUGCCCCACCCCCACACAUGCCCUACCCCCCCGGCAUCCCGCUGCCCUACAACCCCAUGAUGGUCAUGAUG